UUUAUUGGAGCAAAUAUGGCAUACCAGUAUGACGUAAUGUCAUAUUUGUUCCAGGACUACGUUAAUGUGCAGUUGAAAAAGAAAAGCCAACAAUUAAAGCUGAUGAUAGAGGAAGAAGAAAAAGGUGGAAACGAGUUUGUAAGAGAAAACAUCGUAAAACUGCAGGUGUUCUAUCAAGAUCUGAACUAUGAAGGAAUCACGCAAUCCAUUGCAUACACGGAAGAAAGUUUAGCCAGUGAUCUCGGUGGACAGGUGGGACUCUGGAUUGGUAUAUCAUUCCUCACAUUGAUAGAGUUCAUUGAAUUAGUGUACGAUUUAUUUAAAUUAUGGAUUCGGCGUUUGUGUUGCAUGGCAACAAAGAACACAGGUGUAACGAACGUCAUUUAGAUGUAACCACGUGACACUUCUGUGAAUGCUAACCUUAAUUUAGAAUUGUCUGGG